AUGAAGCCGGUUCCUGCGUUUCGACCAAGAAGAGACUCUCUCAAUGAUCUUGGGCGGACCGACAAAGAGCAUAUUCAGCGAUUAGUACUCGGCCUAGCAAAAUACGAGACGCAUUUUCAUCCUCGAGGCGACUACUCCUAUGGGCAAGAUCUGUUAUCGUUUGAGUCGAUGGAACUCUUCCUCGCUGUUCCAACCACAGACAAAUUCCCCGUCGAGAGCCUUCGUGGCAGCAACACAAAAGCAACACUCGAUAUCAAGGCUGUUCUCGGCGAUGUCUUGCUGGUGAGUGCAUCUUGGCUACUGGGCUCAAGUGAGACGAGGUUCGACCUCUACGACUGCUGUAUCGUUGCGGUCCAAGUCAAUAGCCAGCCCUUUGUCAUCCCCGCCGCCCGAACACUUACAAGUACGAUUGGUGCCAGUGCAGCUCAAGACAUGGAGAUGGGAGAGGAUGGCAUGAUAUUUGAGAAGGGGUCAGGAAAUGAAGGACCGGAUACUACCAAAUGGGUCUAUUGGAUACCGUGUUCGGACGGAACCUGGUUGGAAGCUCAGUCUGAAAACUCGGAGGUUAUUGGAUUGAGACAUGUUGAAUUCUUUACGGAUGACGGACUAACAGACCAUCUACAGUUGAAGCAGAAGGAUUGGAGGAUCAGUCGUCGCAGAGCAGAGGAGGUGGGAGAGGUGGUCAAAAAGUCGUAUGAUUACAGCCGUUGGUUAGAUCAAAUCUGGAGUAGGCCAGCAUAG